AUGGAGUCGCUCCUGCUGCCGGUGCUGCUGCUGCUGGCGGUACUGUGGACGCAGGCAGCCGCCCUCAUUAACCUCAAGUACUCAGUAGAAGAGGAGCAGCGCGCCGGGACGGUGAUUGCCAACGUGGCCAAGGACGCGCGGGAGGCGGGCUUCGCGCUGGACCCCCGGCAGGCUUCGGCCUUUCGCGUGGUGUCCAACUCGGCUCCACACCUAGUGGACAUCAAUCCCAGCUCUGGCCUGCUGGUCACCAAGCAGAAGAUUGACCGUGACCUGCUGUGCCGCCAGAGCCCCAAGUGCAUCAUCUCACUCGAGGUCAUGUCCAGCUCAAUGGAAAUCUGCGUGAUAAAGGUGGAGAUCAAGGACCUGAACGACAAUGCGCCCAGUUUUCCGGCAGCACAGAUCGAGCUGGAGAUCUCGGAGGCAGCCAGCCCUGGCACACGCAUCCCGCUGGACAGCGCUUACGAUCCAGAUUCAGGAAGCUUUGGCGUGCAGACUUACGAGCUUACGCCCAACGAGCUGUUCGGCCUGGAGAUCAAGACGCGCGGCGACGGCUCGCGCUUCGCCGAACUCGUGGUGGAAAAGAGCCUGGACCGCGAGACGCAGUCGCACUACAGCUUUCGAAUCACUGCGCUAGACGGUGGCGACCCGCCGCGCCUGGGCACCGUUGGCCUUAAUAUCAAGGUGACUGACUCCAAUGACAACAACCCGGUGUUUAGUGAGUCCACCUACGCGGUGAGCGUGCCAGAAAACUCGCCUCCCAACACACCCGUCAUCCGCCUCAACGCCAGCGAUCCAGACGAGGGCACCAACGGCCAGGUGGUCUACUCCUUCUAUGGCUACGUCAACGACCGCACGCGCGAGCUCUUUCAGAUCGACCCGCACAGUGGCCUGGUCACUGUCACUGGCGCUUUAGACUACGAAGAGGGGCACGUGUACGAGCUGGACGUGCAGGCUAAGGACUUGGGGCCCAAUUCCAUCCCAGCACACUGCAAGGUCACCGUCAGCGUGCUGGACACCAAUGACAAUCCGCCAGUCAUCAACCUGCUGUCAGUCAACAGUGAGCUUGUGGAGGUCAGCGAGAGCGCCCCCCCGGGCUACGUGAUCGCCUUGGUGCGGGUGUCUGAUCGCGACUCAGGCCUCAAUGGACGUGUGCAGUGCCGUUUGCUGGGCAAUGUGCCCUUUCGACUGCAGGAAUACGAGAGCUUCUCCACUAUUCUGGUGGACGGACGGCUGGACCGCGAGCAGCACGACCAAUACAACCUCACAAUUCAGGCACGCGACGGCGGCGUGCCCAUGCUGCAGAGUGCCAAGUCCUUUACCGUGCUCAUCACUGACGAAAAUGACAACCACCCGCACUUUUCCAAGCCCUACUACCAGGUCAUUGUGCAGGAGAACAACACGCCUGGCGCCUAUCUGCUCUCUGUGUCUGCUCGCGACCCCGACCUGGGUCUCAACGGCAGUGUCUCCUACCAGAUCGUGCCGUCGCAGGUGCGGGACAUGCCUGUCUUCACCUAUGUCUCCAUCAACCCAAACUCAGGCGACAUCUACGCGCUGCGAUCCUUUAACCACGAGCAGACCAAGGCAUUCGAAUUCAAGGUGCUGGCCAAGGACGGCGGCCUUCCCUCACUGCAAAGCAACGCUACGGUGCGGGUCAUCAUCCUCGACGUCAACGACAACACCCCGGUCAUCACAGCCCCACCUCUGAUUAACGGCACUGCCGAGGUCUACAUACCCCGCAACUCUGGCAUAGGCUACCUGGUGACUGUUGUCAAGGCAGAAGACUACGAUGAGGGCGAAAAUGGCCGAGUUACCUACGACAUGACCGAGGGCGACCGCGGCUUCUUUGAAAUAGACCAGAUCAAUGGCGAAGUCAGAACCACCCGCACCUUCGGGGAGAGCUCCAAGUCCUCCUAUGAGCUUAUCGUGGUGGCUCACGACCACGGCAAGACAUCUCUCUCUGCCUCUGCUCUCGUCCUAAUAUACUUGUCCCCUGCUCUCGAUGCCCAAGAGUCAAUGGGCUCUGUGAACUUGUCCUUGAUUUUCAUUAUUGCCCUGGGCUCCAUUGCGGGCAUCCUCUUUGUAACUAUGAUCUUCGUGGCAAUCAAGUGCAAGCGAGACAACAAAGAGAUCCGGACCUACAACUGCAGAAUUGCUGAGUACUCCUAUGGGCAUCAAAAGAAAUCAAGCAAGAAGAAAAAAAUCAGUAAGAAUGACAUUCGCCUGGUACCCCGGGAUGUGGAGGAGACAGACAAGAUGAACGUUGUCAGUUGCUCUUCCCUGACCUCGUCCCUCAACUAUUUUGACUACCACCAGCAGACGCUGCCUCUGGGCUGCCGCCGCUCUGAGAGCACUUUCCUGAAUGUGGAGAACCAGAAUACCCGCAACACCAGUGCUAACCACAUCUACCAUCACUCUUUCAACAGCCAGGGGCCCCAGCAGCCUGACCUGAUUAUCAACGGUGUGCCUCUGCCUGAGACUGAAAACUAUUCUUUUGACUCCAACUACGUGAAUAGCCGAGCCCAUUUAAUCAAAAGCAGCUCCACCUUCAAGGACCUAGAGGGCAACAGCCUGAAGGAUAGUGGACAUGAGGAGAGUGACCAAACUGACAGUGAGCAUGAUGUCCAGCGGAGCCUGUAUUGUGAUACUGCUGUCAAUGAUGUGCUGAACACCAGUGUGACCUCCAUGGGAUCUCAGAUGCCUGACCAUGAUCAGAAUGAAGGAUUUCAUUGCCGGGAAGAAUGCCGGAUUCUUGGCCACUCUGACAGGUGCUGGAUGCCCCGGAACCCCAUGCCCAUCCGUUCCAAGUCCCCUGAGCAUGUGAGGAACAUCAUCGCGCUGUCCAUUGAAGCUACUGCUGCUGAUGUUGAGGCUUAUGACGACUGCGGCCCCACCAAACGGACUUUCGCAACCUUUGGGAAAGAUGUCAGCGACCACCCGGCUGAGGAGAGGCCCACCCUGAAAGGCAAGAGGACUGUCGAUGUGACCAUCUGCAGCCCCAAGGUCAGCAGCGUUAUCCGGGAGGCAGGCAAUGGCUGUGAGGCGAUUAGCCCUGUCACCUCCCCUCUCCACCUCAAGAGCCCUCUGCCCACCAAGCCUUCCGUGUCUUACACCAUUGCCCUGGCUCCCCCGGCCCGUGAUCUGGAGCAGUAUGUCAACAACGUCAACAAUGGCCCUACUCGUCCCUCUGAAGCUGAGCCCCGUGGAGCUGACAGCGAGAAAGUCAUGCACGAGGUCAACCCCAUUCUGAAGGAAGGUCGCGACAAAGAGUCCCCUGGUGUGAAGCGUCUGAAGGAUAUCGUUCUCUAAACCAGUCUCCGGGAAGAAGAGAAAGAAACCACACUGGCUAGUGAAGAAGCAGGAGCUUCUUGUUUUAAUUGCUCACCAAUGGUUGGUUCUUGAGUGGCUAUAUUUCAGAGCUUUUCCUAAAUGUAUUGUUUAUAGGUGACUAUCAUUCCGUGACAAUCCCUUGUUUCAACAGGCAGCAGGGGUGUUCAGUUGGAGCAAAUUAGCUUUGGCUUGAGUUGUUCAUGGGGCCUUGAUGUUGGGGAAACAGAGACAAAUUCAGUUGUGAAAAGUAUUAUGUAUUAAGUGUUUGAAUUUAUAUAUUUUUCUAUGUCAAAAUUAUGAUAUAAAUUACCAUUGUUUGUGGAGGAUUACAUUUAAAAAAGC